GUUCUGAUAUUUUUUCCUAAAAUCCCUUAUCGCCGAGAAUAUCAGGUAUUUGAAAUGUCAUUCCAUUAUGGGAAUAAUGAUGAAACAAAAGUGAUAGCUGUGAAAUACUGGAGUACCAGACUUAAAUAUCAUCACUAGCCCUCUGUUGCUGAUAUUAUUUUCGACUGGGUCAUCCCACAGUGACAUCUCAGUGUUUGUUAUUUGUGAAACAGAAGUGAAAGUUGAUCUAAUACCCACAUACAAUGGACAAACCUGAAGAUAAGGAAAAGAAUUCCGAAGAGGGACGAGGUAGUUCAAGACCAGGUCCAUCAUCUGAUGGUGGUGAUGAUUCCUCGUCGUCGUCGAUGGAGAAAAUAGAAAAGUACUUCAUGCAGAUGCUGAAAAUUGGCAGUAUCUCUGAUGAUGACAAAAAAGACACGAAAAAGGUGUUAACAGAGUUGACAUUAGACGGAAUCGUCGAGUACAUCAAGGAAGCUGGCUGCAAGAAAAUUAUAACAAUGGCUGGAGCAGGCAUUUCUACAUCUGCAGGAAUUCCAGAUUUCCGAUCCCCCUCGAGUGGCCUGUACCACAAUUUAGAAAAAUACAAUCUGCCACAUCCUCGUGCGAUCUUCGAGAUUGAUUUUUUUAUGGAGAAUCCAGAGCCAUUCUUCGUCUUAGCAAAGGAGUUAAUUCAUGAGGGCUUCAAACCAACUCCCAGUCAUUAUUUUAUAAGAUUACUGUGGGAGAAAGGGUUGUUGUUGAGGCACUACACACAGAAUGUGGAUACCUUAGAAAGAGUUGCUGGACUACCUGGAGAGAAAAUGGUUGAAGCUCAUGGAACAUUCCACACGGGGAAGUGCCUCAAGUGCAGACGUCCUUACGAUCUCCCUUGGAUGAAAGCGAAAAUUGAUGAAGGGCUCAUUCCAAAAUGUGAAGAGUGCUUGGAGGGGGUGGUUAAGCCAGAUAUUAUAUUUUUUGGAGAAAUGCUGCCGAAUAGAUUCAACACAUUGAUACAUGAGGACUUUGCCCAAGCUGAUCUUCUAAUCAUCAUGGGCUCCAGUUUAGUGGUGGAACCAUUUGCGUCAUUGAUCAAUAUGGUCCCCGCAACCUGUCCGAGACUCCUCAUCAACCGUGAGAAAGUGGGGAUACAAGACAGACUAUCGAGACUAUUCGGUUUUCGCCAAGGAUUCGUAUUCGAUCCAAAGGCUUCAGAACUUGGACGAGACGUUGCUUUUGUUGGAGAUUGCGAUACAGGGUGCAAGUUAUUAGCUGAAAAACUCGGCUGGGGGGACGAACUAGAAACGCUUAUCAAGAAGGAGUAUCGACGAUUGGAAAAUCCAGAAAAGUCAGCUGUUGAAAAAUAAUUUUUAUUAUGUUCCUUAUACAAUUAUUUAAUUUACCUAAUGGUAAAGGGUUUUACGAUAACUUCUAACGCCUCUCGUUGAUGUUGUUGUGCGACACCAACCGCUGGUGUUGGUGAUGCCUCACGACCGCAAUAUCUAAGCUGAAAUAAAAAAGAACUAAAUCAGUACGACAA